AUGGCAGGACUACGCCCAACGCUCCAUCAUCUGAAUAACUCGCAAUCGCAAAGAAUCCUAUGGCUGCUCGAAGAGCUCGAAAUCCCAUACGACCUUAAGCUUCACCAACGCGUCAAGCAGAGAGCUCCUCUCGAGAUGAAAGAAACACAUCCGCUGGGAAAGGCUCCACAAUUGGAGACGGGCGAUGGGAGAGUUAUUGUGGAAUCGCUGGUGAUUGCAAAAUACCUGAUCGAUACAUACGACAAGACGGGCAAGUUCAAGGGCGACGGCAACAAGAAUGACUGGAUACGCGACGACGAAUUGUGCAAUCUUGCUUCUGCUAGCCUCGGAGCUCCAAUGGUCGUGGAAGUCAUCAUGACCGCGGCGGUCAAGUUGACCCCUUUUUUCGUCCGCCCAUUGAUAUCGCUAGUCCACAGGCAACUUCGCAGGGGCUACUCUGGGCCGGAGCUGGACCUGUAUUUCAAGUAUCUGGACGCUCAACUGGGAAAUCAGGACUAUUUCAUGGGCAGCGCCCCCGGACGAGCAGACUUCAUCCUCUCAUUUCCGGUCGACACGUGCACAGGAGCUGGCUUCAUCGAUCUCAAGAAAUACCCCAAGAUGGAGGCAUGGCACGCUCGGUGUCGCGAACGACCAGCGUGGAAGAGGAGUUUGGAGAAAGGGAACGGGUACGAUAUGACCUUCAACUUCUGA